AUGUCCCCUCCCCAAGUCAUCCGAUUGCCCGACGGGCAGCUCAUCAGCGUCACUCCCGUAUUCGCCGGACUCUUCUUCAAAUCCCACGAACUCAGCACUCCUCAGCACGCUAUUCCCGCGGGCUGGAGUAUCGUCAUACAGACCGAGGACGAUCGCAAGCCCGCCGAUUCUUCUAGCCCUGGCCCCAAGAAGGGCGACGACCACGGCGCCGAGUCGAAACCAGCCAUACACUCGUAUACCAAGCCCACCCUCCAGAAUGACGCCCUGUUCAUCUCCUCGGUUUCGACCCCUGCGAGCAGCGACUUUAAGCCGGCCGCCAGCCCCACGCGACAGAUCGCCAUGAUGCUGUGGGUUACCCUGUACUGGUACUUCCACCAGCCUGCCCCUUCGCCCAUCCUACAAACCGAGACUUCCAAGGCCACGCCCACUGCCGGCCGGCCGCGUGGUGACUGGAAGAUUCGCAUCAGGAGGGACGGCGUCUUGCGCGGGAGGAACCUCAUACCAAAACUCGAACGCAUGGGUCUCAUAGCCAGCGCCGACUCCUCGGUUGGCACUGCCCUCGAUGACUCGGACGACCCAUGGGCCAACAUGUUUGUCUCGCGCAAGAUGUUCUGGCAGAUACCGGGACGCCUCUUCCUCUUCUCCCUCCAGCCGAACCUGAAGAACCUCAAGUCCUACCCCUGCUCUCCGGUUGUCAGUCGCCCUGGGUCCCCAGCCCAGGCUCAGCAAUCCCAGAUCACGGAUGUAUCCGAAUCCCACACUCCGUUGCCUCCUUGUUCCAUGCCGUCCUACCCCAUCGGCCCCUUCUUCAGCGCCUCCUAUCUUCCAACCUACUAUCCUCCUGCGCCCCUGCAGUACACAAUUACCAACCAUGUCCGUCACCCCAUACGGCCAAAGCCUCCUCGUAUGGGUGAGGUCUUCUACACCCGCUUUGUGCCUUCCGUUGGCCAGUAUCUCGCCUUCCGUGUAGCUUCCAUUUCUCCGAAACCAGUGCCUUAUUUCGGUCCUGUUAGUCCGAACUCGCCCCAGGGACAGAGCCAUCUUACCCAGAUGACAGAUCUGGCUUUGAUACAAGCCUGGCACCAAAGUCCACGCGUUUCUGCUUUUUGGGGUGAGUGUUCGGUCAACUUCUUGACCAAUGCCCUCAAGAGUCGUCACAGCUUCCCCGUCAUAGGCAUGUGGGAUGGUGUACCCUUCGGCUAUUUCGAACUUUACUGGGUCAAGGAGGAUUUGUUGGGCCGCCACAUUGGAGGAGAGUCAGCGAAUGACUGGGACCGUGGCGUCCAUGUGCUGAUAGGAGAGGAGUGGGCGCGUGGGAGAGUACAAGCUUGGCUUAGCAGUUUGGUGCACUACGCCUUCACGUCAGAAUACAGGACCAUGAGCAUGUGUGUCGAACCCAGGGUGGACAACGUCAGGUUCAUCCAACAUCUCGAGUAUGCUGGGUUCGCCAAAGAAAAGGAAGUGACGUUUCCGCACAAACAGGCAUGGUUUGGUCGGUUGAGGAGAGAAUCUUGGGAAGGCCCUGCUCUAUGA